UAGAUUGAUCUGUAGAACCCUAAAAGCCGAGCCGAAUGCUCAGAUUCGGCGCCAGAAAGCUGGCGCCAGCCUGGCGCCCCAUUUGCUGCUGGAACGUGAUGUCAGCCUUCGUGCAUUCGGAAGCGCUCUUCUGCUGAAGGCGCUCUGCUGUUGUCCUUACCUGGAUAUCGUCUUGCUUUCCAAAUUGCGGCUGUCAAACGGAUGCUUUUUCACGCUUAGUUGCUCAGGCCUGCGCCGAAGAAGACAUUCUAGAUUUUGCAGCCUUCGCAGGGUCUCCAUUGAGAGCGCGCAAUUCAAUCGGAAGAGAGAUUUGCAAAUCAGGCACAAGUGGAGCUCUAGAUCUCAAAGGCAGCGGAAUACACACGAAUCAGGCUUUGCUUUGGGUGUCAGGGGCAAUGAACUCGUUUGCGGUGCUGGACAGUCCUGAGCCAGACGAAGGCGUCAGGACGCGGUCCAAACAACGCCGAAAAAGCAAGGGGAAGGCGCCCUCAGAAGAAGACAUUGCCGUGCCUGAUGUGCAGAGCCCAAAAAGUUCUCGGAAGAAGAAAGAGAAGGGCGCACAGCCCGCUGCAAAGCAAGAAGCCAACGUGUACGCGUCAGCACAGGAUGAGCUUCCGUCCACCACAAAAAGGGAGCUGGCCUCCGAUCAGGUGACGGAGCAAGAGGAGCAGCGGAAACUGGGCUUGGUUGGGCAGGUUGUUCACUGGAUCGAUGUGAAGAUCUUCCAGUACAACGUCACUUUUGGGCUGUACAUGCUGGACCGAUGGGAGCGGUGGCUCUUUAACAUCUGCGCCUUCUCCCUCAUCUUCGCUGUCGGCUACAGCUCGUAUAAGAUUGCGAGGCCCUACACGGCGGCCCUGCAAGUCUUUCUAGAAAGCCUCGUCAAACAGGACGAAGCACCUGAGUAGGCGGAUGGCGUAGGGAGCGCAGCUACAAAUAUUCUAAUCGGACCCAGUAGAGGCCCUGUAGAGGCCCAAAACUUCGUUCACACGAGGGGCGCUUAAGUAUAUCUUCGGCAACCGAAUUCGUGAAGUUUCGGCAGAUGUCGAGCAAUCACAGAUGAGUUUUUAAUCGACGGUGAUCGACAGCAAGUCACAUGAGGUCACUAAGUCCUGCAACAAGGCAACAAUUGCGGGUCCCCUAAGGCUGUUUGGGGUGUACAGCGAUUAGAAUUGAUGCGUGUAUUGACGGAUAAUGUUUGAUUAUCAAGUGGAGUAGCGGUUCUUUGCUUCUUUGGGCGAAAAGGCCUUUGCAAGAU